AUGUCACCGGGUGCAAGUGGUGACCAAGGCCUGGUUUCACCCGAGAAGCCUCCACUAGAUUCCGACUCUGAACGGGUUGUACAACAUGCAGCGGACAUUCUCAAUGUAUCAUUCAAUGACCUAUUAGGUGUUGUACCGUUGAUGCGUUCGCGGGGCCAAUCCUCGUCUGCGGACGAGCAAAACAUCUUCCCUCAGUGGAAUGACAUUCAGGGGACCGUGGUCAAUCUGGCAGCGAAAGCCUUGAACAUAUCUCUUGCAGACUUGGUUAAAAUGUCUGCUCUUCUGCGACCUGCAAAAUCUCAGGAUAAGUUGGACCAGGCUCCCGCCAUCACCACUUCUGACAAGCCUGGCCCGGGAUUAGUGCAAUCAGAAGAUGAUGGGUCCAGUGGAUGGCUGGCCCAUUCGAAAACGACCAGGGGCACAGGCCAACAUUUUGAAGGGAAUGAGGACUCCAGAGCGCAGUCGAGCUCUGGCCGUAGCAGCAUUGCCAUCUUCACUCCUCCUUCAGGGUCGGGCGUGGACUCGUCAGCGCAAUCCAGCUCAAACCUGAACAAUGAACUCAUAAUAACGCCAUCAGCAUCGAGCUCUAGGACGCCAGUGCCGAGCCCUCCAACUAUGGACAGCCUCGUUGUCGAAGCUGGAGCGUCACUGUCAGGCCCAGAGCCCGGACCGCUGCCUGAUUCACUAGAAAUAACCAUUCUCAACUCCGACGUGGUUGGAAAUCGGAGCACGCUGCUGUCUAAUGCCGACUUUGAUGACAGUCUGAACUUUUAUGGACUCAUGGAUGAUCACUCGGACUACUUCAUGUGGGACUCCUUUACCCAGCACCAAGAUAUGAACAUUGCUGCCUCAAGCCCUUCCAACUUUCUGCCCAUGCCAGGAGACUCUGGCGCGACUGGUGAGCCUCCCAGGACAUCGAGGGUUCAGAAGUCGAGCAAAUCGAGGCGGCAUUUAACCGAGGAUGAACGCAAACAGGCCAAGGUCACCCGCGGAUGUGUCCCGGAUGAUGGCGAUCCAUCCGGCGAGUGCCUCACCUGUCGCCGUAUGGAUAAUCCGAUCAAGAACAUGCCGUGUAUUCGGAAAAAGAUCGAGGACUCGAGCUUUCAUCCCGAAAGAUCGCAGCCAGAGCAGUAUUGGUCGCAACGGUGGAAGAGCUGGACUGUUGAAGGAUCCAUCCAAGAAAUCAAAGGCUGGGACGGGGUGGACAUCCGCAUCAUAAACACAACGCAGGACAUUGGCAGAGCCUUUGACACCUACAAAGUCAGAAAGGUGGUUCCGGCUGAGGGUGAUUCGAUGACCCGCCAAUGGCUGUCCAAGGCCACCGGGGAACGAAUGCACCAUCCUGUGACCCCAUACGCCAUUGAGAAUAUGGCCGAAGCAGCCAGAGGCAUCUUGAGAAAUUGCGAUGACCAUAUUACCGAUAUGAUCGAGCAUUAUACCAAGAGCUCUGACCGCCUCAUCCGAGACACGUUUAAGAUGGCUCAGAAACACUCAGUCGAUGACAACGUCGAUGUCGCAGAAAGGCGCCUCAUCAGAAAAGUCCUGCAGCUCUGGGUCGCGACUCGUAGGCUAUCUAAACCGGCACGCAUUUCAAGUCCUGAAACCCUUGAAAUUCAACCUCAGCGCAUCGAUACGACGAGGAGUGACUAUGGCCAGGUGCCAGUGCCACCCUUGAUCAGCGUCCAGAUCUCCAUCUUAAGUGAGGUUCUGAUUUUGAGACCCCUUCGUGACUCGGUCCGUAACGGCUUAGCAAAGAUGUUAGAGAAGUACAAGGACCGCUAUUUCACGAUCUACUUAUGCAUUUUCAUCCUGUUGCAUAGCUACUCUUUGGUGACGCAAUAUUACCACCGAAAGGCCAAGCAUUUGCGUCUACACGCAAAAUACUCUGCACUUCGUGAGCUGGAAGCCCUGCAUGGGAGCGCGAACAUCCUGCUCACACACUUCCACUUCUGUGGCAACGGAAGUGGACCCUUUGAGGAUGGCUGGUCGAAAAGGCAUAUAGAGGCUCUGGGCUUAUCAGAAUCGCAGGCAUCCUUCUUGCGGGAUACGUCACAACAUAAGAAUAGAAUUGGCAGAGAAACCGAACGCAUCAUCGCUUCCGGAAUUUUUCAUCAUGACCUUUAUUUUGUCGCUCAAAUGUUCGACUUGAAGUGGAAGAUUCCAGGGCUGACUGUUGCCUCUUGCGCCGUGGACUCUUGA